UGCACGAAAAUAUAAAUUUAAUAAUUUUAGAAAAGAAACAGGGAUCGAUGAAAACAUUUCUGAGAAAAUGCUGGCUGUUGCUGGAAAGAAUUCAUUGAUUCAUAAAACUGAAACAGAAUCUCCAAAUUCUAAGGGUAUCGGCUCAUCAAAUGUCGCUCCUAAAUGCAAAAAUAUUGAUAUUGGUGUGAAUGAAAGGAUACAUCAGCCAGCUUCAAAUAAUUUGAGUACCAGAGAAAAGGUCCAAAGGCUCAUAGAUUGCAUGAAAAAAAGAAAAGAAACGAAGCCUGUCUCAGGAAAAAAUGAGGAAAGCUCUCUUAAAUCAAGAGGAGCAUCAUUCCAGAAUCGUUUCUCAGCACAAAAAAAGAUAAUUGAAAUGCAGAGAUCUAGACUGAUGGAACAGGAAAAAAUAAUCAAUGAGCUUAAAAUGGGAAUAUUAUCAAAAGAUGAUAUCCAUAAGAAUGAUAAGUACGAUAUAAGUGAACUAUUCCAGGAUUGUAGGAUUAAAUUAUUAGGGAAGGUUCCCCUAGAAUAUAUUCCAAAAAACCAGGAUCUUUUCGUGAAAACUCAGACUGUUCCUAAAAUAAUUCAAGAGUUGGAAAAACGAGCCUUGGAGAGAAUGCAAUAUAGAGAAAUUAUUAAAGAAAGAAAAAAAAUGUUGGAGGAAACUAGGAAACAACUGCAAGAGGAAAAUCUGAGGAAGAAACAUCAAAUGGAAGAAGAGGAACGAUUGAGACACCUAGAAAUGCUAAACGAGAGGCAUAGAAAAGAACAGGAAAAGAUGAAAUUGAGAAAAAUAAACAAGGAAAUAUUUAUGAAAAAUAUGAAUAGGGCAGUACAGUUUCACGACAAAAAAAUUCUAAUAAAAAUAUUCUACAUCUGGAAAUAUGAAUAUAUCUCUUCCCUAAGUAAGCUGCAGAUGAGCGAGGAUUAUUUCAAGAAAAAAGUUUUAAAAAAACAUUUUAUGAUACUGUUAGAACUAGUUCAUUACAAAUAUUCACUGAAAUGUGUAAUGGCGGACAGCUUUCAAAGGAAUAAAUUGCUCAGAAGGAGUUUUCGAAGUUUUAAAGAGAACCGCAUCGAAGGAAUACGGUCAUGGCAGGUGGCAGAAGAUUUUAACGAUUUUAGAAUAGAACGAACAUUUUUCAAGUGUCUAUACAGCUUCACUUCCAAGGAAAAAAUCCUCAGAGACAUCAAAAAUCAACAGGCCAAUUAUCAUUACAGGAGGAAACUACUAUUUUACUCUUUUUUCCACUGGAAGUCUCUGCCAAUAGUUUUGAAAAUGGAGAAAGUGAAGGAAGAGCGAAAACAGAAGUGGAGAAAAAAAGUACUUGAAAUUUUACCCGAUUUUUGUCCAUCUGAAAUGUAAUUAUCGAUUUUGUGUAAUUUUAAAUUUUGUACGCUUGUAUAUUUGAAUAAAACAAUCUUUAUUUAAACUGA